AUGGCCAGCAAUGCCUCCCCCAACCCACAAUUCCUCGCGCCUCCGGCCGUGACAGCAUUGCGGCAGGAGGCUCGGAACAUCCACCCGAAGAUGGCCCGAACCUUGAGUGACGAUAUGCGAGAGGAACGGGAGGACCUGAAGGAGGCGGCCGAACAGACGUUGAAUAUUAUUGUGGACAUGGAUCUCGAGGGUCGCAUCAAAUGGGUCAGCCCGUCGUGGAGGCAGGUGGUCGGUUCGUCCCCGCGGUCGGUCGAGGGCCAUAUGGUCUCCGAUAUUCUGCUCGGAAACCGUGAUGUGUUUCGGGAUGCAAUCGAGUCGAUGCGGCAGGACGAUUCGCGAAGUCGCUUCAUUCGACUAGCUGUACAGAUGGGACCGGACUCGGUCUUACGAUACUCGCCCGAACCCUCGCCAGCGGCGAUGAAGGGCGAACCUGGCAGCGAAAUGGAAGAAGAAAUGACUCGGGGGCAAGACAGCAACAACGUGCUGAACAUGGAGGGUCAGGGAAUCAUGGUCUAUGAUCGGACCGAUGAUGAAACAGGCCAUACGAUGUGGAUGUUACGGCCACUGACGGAGCCGAGAGAAGUAACAAUUGACCUACCACCCCUACUGGUGGAAUCCCUCGGCGUGGGAGCGGAAGUUCUCGCCAACUACUUGACUGAACUGGCCGAGGCUGCCGCCACGGAGCCCGAUCCUUCCAAGCAUCCGGCCCCGACUCCCGUUCUUUGUCGCAUCUGUGAGCGCCAGAUUACCCCGUGGUGGUUCGAGAAGCACUCCGACCUGUGUCUACAGGAACACCGCGCGGAAAUGGACGUUCAGCUGGCUCAGGAGAAUCUCAAUGAGCACCGGCAUGCCAUCGUCAAGGUACUGGAUACACUGGAGGCCCGACAAGGCAGACCCCUCGUUGGGACGGACGGAAACUCAGCACCCGCUGCCCAGGCGGAGUACAAAGGACUUGCAAUUGGGCCCUCCCCGGCGGGAUCUGCCCCGUCCUCCGGGCCAGUCUCAGGAAGCAACUCUGCACCAGGUACGCCACCUCGAUCGCGAGAACACUCCGCGUCCGGUGCCAUCCCGACUCGACCUCGCUCAUUCACCGUUCGGAGACCGUUGGCGAGAAUCGUGGAACUUGUUCUUGACCUGUGCGACACCUCUCUGGAGAUCAGUAUGCCCGUGAUUAAGGAAACAUCUCGCGCAGACGCAGAGGACUUCCGAACAUUGUCACCACAGUCCGAGUCUCGCAUCUCUCAGGUGCUCCAGUGGCAGUCUCCUAGCGCUAACACUCUGGAGCAAGAACAAGGCCUAGCUGCAUUGUCAGCCGACACUGAAAAGGUUGCCAAGGCCAAAGUGGACGCCGUGGUCCGUCACCGCAAGAUUGUCGAGUAUGCAGAACGGAUUCGAAUUGAGUACACGGUACUCGUCGAGGAGUGCAUAGGCGCCGCCCUUAGCAAAGCGGAACGCAUAGCUGCAGGCCAGCUCAGUGAUUCCUCAUGUUCCUCCGACGAAGAAAUAGCACCAGACACCCUCGAUCACCAGACUACCCUGGACGACACAGGCAGCAAUACUGCCGAGGAGGACUCUGGCUCAUCGGGACUGACCGAUGAAAUCCAUUCAAAGCCACAGCCAAUGGCGCCCUCCCCGCGAAGACUGACAUCUACACUGACCAUGUCCAUGCGAAACUCUCCUGAUCGAUCAUUACUGUCCCAAUCAGAACGCCGGCCGUCGUCGGCGGCGAUUUCCACCGGCUCGAACAGCCCCAUGGAGUGCCCUACUCCGCGAUCUCACAAGAGCGCUGCGGGGCUUUUAGGCACAUCGCAGCCCUCGAGACUGGGCCUUACCCUGGCGGAAAUUGAGGCUGCGGAAAGCAGUGAUAGCAGUCUGCCUUCAUCCGCGUUCCCCGGUGGCAUCAGAACUGAUUCGCCCUCGUCCGAAAGAAGCUUUGAUCGAAAACGCCGGAGCCUGGUGCUCCCAGGGCUCUCAAGCUCUCCUCGCCGGCAGCAUUCGCCUGCCCGAGUUUCCGGUCCGCAUUCCCCACUGCGCAUGCCGAAGCCUCGGUUGUCCAGCGGUGGUGAUAGCUUACCAUCCCCAAUAGUUUCUCCGUCUACCUACGCGAGCGAAUUGGCCCACCAUUGCAAACACCACCGGAGACAGUCCUCAGCCACAUCCUCAGAUGUUGCCAAACCCCCUCCAUCCCCACGCCUACCCUCAGUAAGCCAGCAACAACCUCGACCCGCUCCGUUGUCCAUCAGGGAUUUUGAGAUCAUCAAGCCUAUCAGCAAGGGUGCAUUCGGCAGUGUGUACUUGGUCAAGAAGAAAGCCACGGGUGAGUAUUACGCCAUGAAGGUCCUCAAAAAGGCCGAUAUGAUUGCCAAAAACCAGGUCACCAACGUCAAGGCUGAGCGUGCCAUCAUGAUGUGGCAAGGGGAGAGCGACUUUGUCGCCAAGCUCUACUGGACUUUCUCUAGUAAAGAGUAUCUCUAUCUUGUCAUGGAAUACCUCAAUGGAGGGGAUUGUUCAUCGCUUGUCAAGGUUCUAGGGGGCCUCCCCGAAGAUUGGACCAAGAAGUAUACCGCGGAGGUUAUUCUUGGUGUUGAACAUCUGCACAACCGAGGAAUUGUACACCGUGACUUGAAGCCUGACAACCUUCUCAUUGAUCAGUCAGGCCACCUGAAAUUGACAGACUUUGGACUCUCUCGGAUGGGAUUGGUCGGCCGCCAGAAACGCGUGCUGAAAAACCCGGACGAAUCUGCCCCGGAUCUUCUGAAGCAAGGCUCAUUCCCUCGCGCAAUCUCUAUCGCGUCCUCUCGCUCUGCUUCAUUCGAUUUCCAGGCCAGCUCCUCCCCUGGCUCGACCCCACUCAUCACACCGGAUGUGUCUGCGAACGCCGUCCAGCCAUCUUACUUCAGUCUCAACCAGAGUGGGCUCAGUCGGCAAAGCUCUCGUCGGGCUUCAGGGUAUCGCAGUGAUAGCCUGGGGAGCGAUGGUCUCAACGGGAUGUUCAGGACAUUUUCCCUCAACGACAGUGCCCAUGACCCACCUGUCUCGUCACCCAGCAUAUUCUCGACGAGCAUGGUCGAGGAAGAGGGGGAGAGUGAAGCUGGCGAAUCACCUCGCCUUCAGCCGCUGCAACCCACAUUCAGCAACCCUCUUGCCCAGAACACUCCUCCUCAGCAAAGCAUGAUGCCCCCGGUGAUGGCGUUGUUCGAUCCAGAAGAUCAUGACCGCCGAUUCGUGGGAACUCCGGAUUAUCUGGCUCCGGAGACUAUCAAUGGCAUUGGCCAGGAUGAGAUCAGUGACUGGUGGUCCUUGGGAUGUAUCAUGUUCGAAUUUGUCUUCGGGUACCCGCCGUUCAACGCCGAGACGCCAGAUGAAGUUUUUGAAAACAUUCUUCAUCGCCGCAUCAAUUGGCCCGAUGACCCUGAGGAGUUCACCUCCGCAGAAUCCCUAGAUCUCAUGAACAAACUCAUGACUCUCGACCCCCGCGAAAGAAUCGGAGCCAAUGUCGAUGAGAAAUAUCCCAACGGUGGUGCAGAGAUUUGCAGCCACCCGUGGUUUUCCGAUAUUAACUGGAGUACGUUACUGGAGGACAAAGCCGAGUUUGUUCCCAAUCUUGAGAAUCCGGAAGACACGGAGUAUUUUGACUCCCGUGGUGCCACUCUCCAGUCCUUCGCAGAGGAGUUGGAAGACGAAAAUUCACCGCAACCCACAUCCACGGUCGGCCCUGAUCGCCCUCAUGAUGCACUUUUCAAGGUCCGAUCUCAGGUGAACUCGUCGAAACGGCCCUUGAUGCCCCUGCAUAUCCCUCCUCAUGUUCGUGACGCUCGAGAUUCACGUAGUCGCAGACUUAGUGAACCGGCCCUGGCAGAUGAUUUUGGAAGUUUCAACUUCAAGAAUCUGCCGAUGUUGGAGAAGGCAAACAAAGAUGUCAUUCAGAAGAUGCGGCAGGAGGCCAUGCAAGCACAGCAUCGACAGUCAAAUUCUUCGUCAACCGUUCAAACACCUGUCAGCUCGACACAGCCAUCCUUGGAAGGCAGUCCACUUCCAAUGCCGCUCCAGCGGACCCUAUCGCAAAACAAGGGUAACAAUCGGCCUUCUUCUCCAUCGGGCCUCAGCCAAACAAACUCUUCUCCCAGCAGGCCGUCCCAACCAUCUUCACCCCUUCUAGUCCAAUUCAGCACAGGGACCAACCAGGAGCGGCGCAAGACAUCUGGCUCCUCGUCGGCGUCUCACCAAUCCAGCGGCACCUUCCAGCCUUCUUCUGCCGAUCAAGGUCGUAUGCCAAACCUCAGACUUGGUUCAGUCGCAUCGUCUCCCGUGAAGCCAAACCGAAUCCCAGCCCACUCCCCCGAGAAGGCAUCCCACAGCCAGCGGCAGGGAAGUGUACCAGCAAGCCGCGCCCGCUCUCACACGAUCGGCUCACAAGAUGGGGACAAUUCGUCUUUCUCUAAAGAGCCAUUUGUGCCUCAUCAUCACAAACGAAGGAGUCAGCUCUUCGACAUCUCGCCUUCCUCAUCCGAUAACGAGGAUCCACGCACCAAAGCACUGUUGAAGGUUCAGCGCCGUCGCCAGAGCUCCCGGAGGCUGUCGCAAAUCAACAUCAUGGAGGGACCUUACUUCCGCCCACUGGAUGUUCUCAUUUGCGAGGAUCAUCCUGUCUCGCGGCUAGUGAUGGAACGCCUGUUUGAAAAGCUUAGGUGCCGCACCAUCACAGUUACAAACGGUGCUGAGGCUGUUCGAUUCGCUCUCAGUGAGGUUAAGUUUGAUAUCAUCAUGACUGAAUAUCGCUUGCCCCAGGUGAAUGGUGUUGAUUUUGCUCGGAUGGUGCGAGAGACGCGCAGUGCCAACCGGCACACUCCUAUCAUCGCAGUGACGGGUUACUUGAAAGAUUUACCGGAGAACCACAAUUUUGAUUCCCUGAUCCAAAAGCCUCCGACUUUACCCAAAUUGACGGAUGCGCUGUCCAAAUUCUGCAUGUGGAAGGCCCCUUCAUCAGACUACAACCCCCCUCCGCCUGUGCCCGUCCCUGGCUUCACCGGUCAGUCCAAUGCCCCGACUACCGAGGACAGCCCGAGCUCUGCAUCUUCCGGAUUUGUUCUCAACCCACCUAGCUCGUACCGCGGUUCCAGUCGGGACGAUUCGCUGAGUAGCAGUGUGUUCGGUGAGAUGGAAGCCUUCAAACCCGAGGAGGUUCCAGUGAUCAUCAAUCGUGGCUCCGAUGAGUGGGAUCAUCAGCAGGGUGGACUGGGGAUCUCAGAAGAAGCUGCUGCUUAUCCUAGUAGUCCUGAUCCCAAGGCUCCUCCCGUGCCUCACCUCCUUCAUACCACCUCCGCACCCGCGGCCAUGGACCCCACUGGCGGACUUACGCCCCGCAAGCAACGCUCAAGCGAAGGGAUCCGUGCUAAACGAGAGUCCCUCGAAAAAAAACGCUACGAGGGUGCCGAAUCUGGCGACGAUGAAGACGAAGAGCUGGGCAACUCUCAGGCACGCCGCAGCCCCCCGUCGCGAAACCGUCGCCCGGGCUCCAAACUGGGUAUUGAAAUGAUGCGAACCAACAGCCGCGGUAGUGUCGUCAGUGGUAGUGAAGAGCUCUUGAAGAAAGAGAGAGAAGCUAUGAGGGGCUUGAGCACACCAUCGGUCGACAACGAAGACAGCGAUGGCUCCUUGGGUUCCCCGGCAAGCACCAGCCUUGAGGAUCGGUUUGAGGCUCUUAGUAUCCCCGAAGAACCAGAGGCCGAAGAAUCACUUGACCCUCGGGAGUCUCCUAGGUUUGGUGAUACAUUUGACCCCCACCGACCGUCUCUGGUGCAUCAAGACACCUCAAUCUACUCGAAGACUCCCGAGCAUCGCCCGGCUCAAGCUACCUCGACGACUUCCAGCCACGGCCAAGUUACACCUCCUUGGGACCAGGCCCAAAGCACCACCCCUCAUCUCCCCGUGCCCAUCACCCCCGAACUCAAAAUCUCGGGCACUUCCAUGACCUCCGAUGGUGAUUCUGGCGAUUCUGGCGGUGAUGCCGACUGCAGUCCCACCCCAGACUCCGAGGCCACGCCGCGACCUCUCCAUCCUUCGCCCGAUCCAGAGCAGACUCCUCGUCCCUCGGAACGUCAUCGAUCAGACUUGAGCUAUGCGUUUAAACGAUAG